UGAUAGCACAACUCUUCAGCAUUUACGUAUCUAAUCGUUCUGCUUUAGUAUCGCUAUAAGCUUAACUCCUUCGAGAAAAUUACUUCAUUUUCAUUCUGUAGGCCCGACUAUGACAUUCCAAAUAUUAUUCUAAUAAUUAUUUAUAUUGAAAUCGUAAUUCAAUUCCACCGAUUUAAAAAUUAUUCAUAUUGUUAAUAAUAUUUUACUCCUCCGUGUCAUAUUAUUCAAAUAUCAAAUCCUAACAUGAUUAUACUGGAAUGUGCUUUGUACCCCGGAAUAUACAAAUCCUGGGUUAAUAUACACUAUUUGAAGUGUACCGAUGUUUCCGGAUUUCCCCCUGGAUAAGUCGUUUUUGGAUAUUAGAAUGUACCUUGAGUGGCUAGAACAGAUUGCAUUACCCGAGCCCAAUUCUGCAAAACAGCAAAACGAACUCAAAACGAACUCAACGCCAAGGGGCAACAUUACUUUGUUAAGAGCGCCAUCUACCGUCGACGUCCAUCAUUAUCAUUGAGCUUAUUUACUGUGUAGUAUUGUUUAAAUGAGUAGCUUACCGAAUGGAGUUUAAUGGCACAUUCGGAACUCCUCUGGCUUAAUUCGGAAAAUUAUUUGAAUCGUUCUAAAGAAGAACGCUUUGACGACAGGAAAAUUUACAACGGAAUUCAUUCCAGAGCGCCCCUUAACGGUUCCGGACGCAGCUCGCUGGAAGCACAAAGUGCCUCUUCUCGGGGUAUGCUGAAUUUCCAAGAAAACAGUCCACUUUUGCCUUGUGAGGACGUCGAAGUUUUCUUUAACCAUUUGGACAGACCUUUGCCAAACCAGCAUUCUCCAACUGAGGUCAGAGGUCAAGGCCGUGACUCUGAGCCGCAUCAUCUGACCGCAUCCACACCAGACUCGAACCCAAAACUUUCACCCGACAGUAUGUUCCAAAACAGCGCUAUGCACUCCAUGUCCCUUCCCUCGGGCGCGACGGCCCCUACAUACCACGAGUCCCCGGGGGCCAACAGCUUCAUGCAUCCAGCGGGUGCCAGCCCUGUGUAUGUUCCAACAACUCGUGCAGUCCUCCCGAUGCAGUAUGUAAGCAACGGAGGCGGACAGUCGGUUUCAACUCCGUCCGGAUCUCCAGCCAUGUGGACCAUGCCACCUGAAGCAUCUUAUAGUAGUUCGAACUCACAUCCUUCAGUGUCUCCUAGGUUCGCGUUCGCCCCCUCGCCGAGCUCGCCCAUCAGCUCCCCGACGGCCCGGACAGAUACUAGUUACAACACGCCCCUUGCCCGACCCAGCGGACUCAGUCCCUACCCCUACAUGAGCCCAGAGUUCGCAUGGAAUUACAACAUGAGUUUACAACAGGGACUGCGCAGGUCCGCACCCGAUAACCAGGACUAUUUUGCUGAUUUGGAAGGGCGGGAAUGCGUCAACUGCGGAGCAAUAUCUACACCGUUAUGGCGACGGGACGGGACCGGGCACUAUUUAUGUAACGCGUGUGGACUGUACCACAAGAUGAAUGGAAUAAACCGUCCCCUCAUAAAACCCCAGAGGCGAUUGGGUGAUUUUGGCGAGACGUAUCCCUCGGGUCCCCAAUACCAAACCCCGGAUCCUUCUCUGCAGGCUUUUGGGGCGUGGACAACGGGACCCAAAGCUAUAGGAAAAUCUAGAUCCGCCUCCCGUCGCGUAGGAUUGUCAUGCGCAAACUGCCAUACGACCACAACUACGUUAUGGCGUCGUAACAACGAGGGAGAACCCGUAUGUAACGCAUGCGGACUCUACUACAAACUUCACGGGGUAAAUCGUCCAUUGGCCAUGAAAAAGGAUGGCAUUCAAACGAGAAAACGAAAACCAAAGAGUCUGGCUAAGAAUAAAUCUGCUCCAAAGUCAGAACAAAAUGAUAUCAAACCUGCUCUCUCUCCAAACAACAAUAAUUUAUCCUCUGGUCAAGGUGGACAUGUGACCGGAAGCGGACACGGAACACCCUCAUUGAACGGAACAAACGUCACCGCCCUCCUUGGACCUACUUCCGGUGUGACACCACUCACAGCUGUUGGUUCAGAACAUUCGUCUCUAUCUAGUCCUGUUAACUUAGCCGCUGUUAAUCACUAUUCCUCACCGUCACCACCCAAGGCAGUUCCGGUCAAGAUGGAGUCCGAUCUCCAUGGACACGGUGGUCACGUGUCCGUCGGUGGCAUUCCUCACUCAGACAAUUCCAGUUUAAGUACUGUUGCAGUCGGUGCUAAUUGAUCUUAAAGCCAUAUAUUGUUGAAUGUCUUUUGUACAAAAUGCGUGAAGUGGAUUGAGAUGUAAUGGACAAUGGCAAAAUAUGUUCCAAAGAAUGACGGGAAAGAACGCGUGCCCGUGAGAAUUGACUCACGAGUUUUAUUUUGGAGGUAGAUUUAACAUUGUCAAAUGCGUGAUUCUUUACUACCGAGUCAUCACCUAAAUAUCUCAAAACUUUAGUACGACACUUUUUGCUUGGGAUCCAUACUCAAUGAAUAGUUCUUAACAUACUCAAAUAAAUCACGUCGGGGUUUAAGAGAACCGAAUUAUCAUGAAAACAUAAAACCAAGUGGUAAUAUAUCUUGCUCAUCAAACCUUCCAUACGAAAAUGUGGACGACAGUAUUUACCACAGCUCUACCUCAGGAAAUACGAAACUACGACUCAUUAUAGUUUGUGUUCAACUCUAUAUGUUUCAUGAAGUACAGUAAAUGUCAACGGUUAUUCUGUUAUGUUGUUUUCCCUUCCUUAAAAUGUUCAAAUGUCAAGGUAGACAUUUUAGUUGGUUGGUUAGGACCAGUAAUGAGAAAGUUUAAUUUGUUAAUGUGGAAGGGCAGACUUUUGAGAACGUGAAAUUAUACUUGUAACCAAGUGUGAGUUUGGAAGGUUUAGUAGUGAAAUGUUUUGUAGAUAGAUUUGCAUUAACUUUUGUGUAAAUAUAUAAAUUGUUUUCAUAUGGUAUGAACCCUGUGAUCCUUAUAUAUAUAUAUAUAUAUAUCUCGAUGAAAAUGAUAAUAUUACAUUAUACAAUUUAUGAAAAAUAAGACAAAUCAUAUAAUUGUUUCGUAUCCAAUCUUUAAGAAACAUAUCAUAUUGAUUACCACUUUCAGUCAAUGAAUUUCACUAUGUCAUAAUGUAUUGAAUAAUUUAUUACAAUGCAGAACGUAUUUAUCAGACACAAUCAUAAUCGCACAUUUGUAAUAAACAUUUGGAGGAGAAAGUCUUUCAAAGUUAGUGUUAUGGAUACUUCAAACUGAGUGUCAUAUUCUCUUUUUUUAAUGGUAAAUUUGAAUAUACUGGAACAACAAAUCAUUGGAUUUUCCUUUCAGCAAAUUUGACUGUUUAUCAAUAUCGUAAAUACUGUAAACGUUUCGUAAGUUUAUAUCAUAGCUUGAGAAAUGCAUUCACAGUUAUUCAUUGUAUUUCGAUAUACUCCUAAGAAAAGGUUUGAAAUACAGUACCUACAUAACAUUGCCUUAAUCAUGCAACAUUGCUUGCACUGGGUUUUUUCAAAGACAACAAAACACAUCUGUAAUAUACUUUUUUGAUUUUGAAAAAUAGACUACGAUUCGACUAACAUAAUAACAUAGCUUCUUAGUCCAACUUAAAAACGAAGUGAUAAAUUGACUCUUUAAGAUUGAAAACUUAAGUCGAUAUAGGCAUCGAAACAAAGUACCUAUUUACUUCGCCAUAUAUCCGUGUCCUCCAUUGAGGACUAAGCAGUAAUACGAAUUGCCAAAAAACAAUGAAAAUCCAUGUCUAAUUUAGAGUAGAGACUUGUUUUGUCAACGGUGAUAAUUGUUCGAAUUUGAGUUGAUCUCAAUUAUUACAAAUUAUCUUCCUUUGUUCUUAUUUUCUGAGAAAUCAAUCCCUUUCUUUAUUAAAACUGAAGUGUCUACACCAUACAUUAAGCACGACUUAUUGAUCCUUAGAUAUGUUAUUAAUAUAUUGUCGUUGGAGAAUUGAGAUUUGCCAUUAUUGUGCGAUUUUUGUCUGGAGAUUCGUCAUUGUUAAUUGACCUUACCCACAUGCCAUUUGGGUAAAGACGUUUUUUGACGGAGUUCUGUAACUCAUAAGCAUAGGCCUUAUACACUAACAACGAAGUUUGGUUCGUACUUAUUUAUGGGUAAAGUGAAAAAGAUUGUUAUAUAAAUGUCAGAGAAUGAAAGAGUGUAAGAUAUUUAUUUUUAUAAUUGUGAAUUAGUGCCAUAGAAUUAUCACAGUGUGAAAUGUGUUAUAGUUUUGUUUUGUAUAUUUUUCUGACUUAAUAUUUUAACAUGUUCAGGUGCUGUUGCAAAGGAAUACACUGACACUUUCUGUUAUGUGUUUUUUCCCCACAGUAUUGAAACUGCUGGUAAAUUAUAAUUUUUCAUCUAAUAUGAAUAUAAAAUAAAUUGAUAUAUUCUUAUGAUAACUAAUCGAUUUGGAAGCUAUAUUUCUACCAAAAACAUAAUUUCCUGUCAAACUGAAUUUCGAAAUUGAUACCAAAAUUUCUCAACUAUUGAAAAAAUGUUUAUAAUGAUAGGUAACGGUAUUUAGAUACAUUUUACAGAUUAAAUCUCGUUUGCCAAAAGCAUCUUGCCUUUUUCAGAAACUUGCCUAAUUGGAUCAUUUUUCUAUGUAUAUCUUUGAUAAUCUAUGUUACAAUUAGCCGUACUUGCAAACUCCAGUAUUAUACAUCAUACAUAGUCAUGAUGCGUGGAUAUAUUGUAUACAUGAGUUAUUUUUCAUUUGACAUUAUUUCAAAAAACA